AUGGCCUGUCGAGCUUUUGCAGUUAUCGCCGGCGUUGGACCCGGGGCCGGAUCUGCAAUCGCGAAACGAUUUGCGAAAUCUUACCCUGUUGUCUUGCUUUCCAGAAAUGCCACCAGUUACCAGCCCGUCGUUCAAGAAAUCUGCUCGGCUGGUGGCUCGGCUUUGGGAAUCAGUACGGACCUGUCUGACGCUCGCAGUGUUACUCUCGCGUUCGAAAGGAUUGCGUCCGAAUUUCCCAACCACAUGCUUGUUGCGGCCGUUUUCAACUCCGGGGGUGGCUCCGCUCGGAAAAAUUUCUUGGAGUUGAAAGAGGAAGACUAUUGCAACGGACUAAAACCAGCGGUGAGUGGCUUCAAUUUUGCUCAGCUUGCACUACCGAGGCUUCUAGACGCUGUCGGCAGAUCUGUGAAUUCUCCAACUUUAAUUUUCACAGGCGCCACAGCUAGCUGGAGAGGUUCCGCAAAAUUCGCCGCCAUAGCGUCUGGAAAGUCCGCACUACGCACUAUGGCACAGUCCAUUGCGCGUGAGUUUGGACCUCAAGGUCUACAUAUUUCACAUGUUGUCGUUGAUGGUGUCAUCGAUAGUCCGAGUGCUCGAGGCAUUUUGGACGAAGUCCCUGAUGCCAAAGUGAGCCCUGAUGCGAUCGCGGAUACAUACUGGCAUUUACACACUCAACCACGCUCCGCCUUUGCGUUUGAGCUCGAAAUACGACCUUACAUCGAAAAGUGGUAG